AUGGGGUUGUCAACCUUGAAUAGAGUAUUUUCACUUGUUUCCCUCAUCUGGUUCGUUGUUAUGUCACAUUGUUCACCUUAUGUUGCUUCCAGUUCUACUCAAGAAGCGUUAGCUCUUCUCAAAUGGAAAGCCCACCUUCAAAACCAGAGCCCUUCUCUUCUGUCAUCAUGGACUCUUUCAUCUGUGAAUGCCACAAAUACUUCUACCCACCUCAAAACCCAAAUAAGCCCAUGUACGUGGUUUGGAAUCUCUUGCAACCAUGCCAGAAGUAUCAUUGGUAUUAACCUGACCAGUACAAAUUUAAAAGGUACACUUCAUGAACUAUCUUUUUCAUUAUUUCCCAAUCUUGCAUUCCUUGAUCUAAGCCUGAAUGAACUCUUUGGUUUUAUCCCCACUCAAAUCAGUCACCUAACAAAUCUAGAGGUCCUUUACCUUUCUGCUAAUCAAUUAUCUGGCUCAAUUCCCAAGGAGAUAGGCAACUUGGACUCUCUUUCAGAUCUAGAGUUAGACCAAAAUCAACUGAGUGGCUCUAUUCCUCCUUCCAUUGGAAAUUUGAGCAACUUAAAGGUUUUAUGCCUCCACACCAACCACCUUUCUGGUGCCAUUCCCAAGGAGAUAGGCAACUUGAAGUCCCUUUUGGAUUUACGGUUUUCCAAAAAUCAACUGAGUGGCUCUAUUCCUCGUUCCAUUGGAAAUUUGAGCAAUUUAGAAAUUUUAUACCUCGGGAACAAUAGCUUUUCUGGGGCCAUUCUUGAAGAGAUAAGGAACUUGAAGUCCCUUUGGUGUCUAGAUUUGGGCAUAAAUCAAUUCAGUGGAUCUAUUCCUCCUUCCAUUGGAAAUUUGAGCAAUAUUAAAUAUUUGAAUCUUUUGGAUAACAAUUUUUUUGGUUCAAUCCCUCAUGAAAUUGGAUAUCUGUCAAAGUUGAUUAAAUUAGAGUUGUCUAAAAAUUACUUCACUGGUUCUCUUCCCCAUAAUAUUUGUCGAAGCAAAUCACUUACGCACUUUGUCAUUGCUGAGAACCGUUUGCUUGGCCGUAUCCCCAAAGAUUUGAGAGAUUGCACAAGCUUAAUCAGAGUCCGCCUCAACAAAAACCACUUCAUUGGAAAUAUUUCUGAAGAUUUUGGCAUCUAUCCAAAUCUAAGGUUGAUAGAUCUUAGCCACAACAAAUUUUAUGGUGAAAUCACACCUACCUGGGGAAAGUGCUCACUGUUAGGCACUUUAAAUAUUUCGGCGAAUAAUAUUACUGGGAGCAUCUUGCCUGAGAUUCAGAACUCAAUCGAACUACAUCAACUUGAUCUUUCUUCAAAUCAUUUAAUUGGAGAGAUUCCAGUGGAACUUGGAAAGUUGACUUCUCUUAACAAGCUUAUUUUAACUGGGAAUCAACUUUCUGGAGGCAUACCUCAUUAA